GAGUGGCCAGUCUAAGUGAGGGAUUUGAUCGAGAGAGACACGGUAAAAGUGGUUCGAUAAGAAAUGGGUGGAUCAAGUGUUUUCUGGGUGGUAUUGAGUGUUCUUUUGAGUUGGAAUUGUUGCUUAGGGAGUCAUGUAAAUCAUCCCAGAUUGGGUCAUGGUUCACCAGAAUCCCGAGAGGAUACCAAAAAUUCAGGAAAAUUUGACCUACAGCAGGAUAUUGAUGAUUUUCUAGAUUUAAUACCCAAAGUCGAGAUUCAAAAUCUAACCCGUAGAUACUAUUUUGGAGAUAAUGAAGUAAGGUUCGCUUAUGAAUAUUGUCAGAGUGAGGAAUUCCUGGCACUACGUGAAAAAAUCCUAAAUCUGGUAGAGGUGAAGGACUUCCUGAAGUAUCUCAAUGAAUCAGGCCUCAACCUUGUGGAAUUGGUGAAUAAAUUAGCCACAAUUGUUGGUCCCCCACGGGAGCCACUCUACACAUCGGACGAAGCUUCUCUCGAAGAUACCACAAGCCAAAGUGCAACGCAGGGCGGUGUGAGUGGAUUUGUGGACGCAGUUGUUGCCCUUUUGCCUCAGGAUCAAAUUCUCUCACUGUUCUUCCUCAAGUUAGAGUCGAGUUCAGCAUUUUCCAACCUCAUCGAACGAAUUGGUAGCAGUGAAUUUGAAAGGGUGGUAGACUUUGUUGAGAAUUCCAGAGAACUCAAAAGCCUGCUGGCCACACUUCAUCAACAUGGGAUUGAUGUGAGCAAAAUUGUGCAGUCCGUUCAGGCAUUCUUCGGAUGGGGAUCCUACUGAGCUGUAUAUACUCAAACAUUGCAUUUGUAGUUUUAUUAUAUUUUUUUUUAUUUUGUCUCUCUUAGACCAAUGGAUAUCAGUCUAGAUUUGUAACAAAUAUUAUAGUUUUUUUUCUAUUAAAGGCCAAAAAAUGCCAAUCCGAAUUU